AUGUCGCACUCUGGAGUUAGCGACACAUAUCCCUAUGUCAAUUCUGCCCAAAGAAAUUUCCAUUUUUACGCUAGAACUACUGCAGGUGACUCAGAUAACGAACAAGGAUAUUCUGGUACACCACCUUUUUCCAACGAAUCUAACCUUGAAGACGACAGUGAGGGAGGAAUGGAGGGUGCAACCGAUAGCGAAGAGGAAAUCGAAGAAAGAGAAUAUAAUUAUCAUAAUCAUAGCAUAUUUAGAUUUCCAAAUGUUAAUCAUCCUUCUCCAAUUUAUCCUAAUAGUACUGAUGCGACUUUUGGGUCUCUGGAGCCUGUUAUUAGAGAUAUAUCGAGUAGACCAAAUCAAAAUUUAAGGUCAACACAGUUAUCUUCAUCUCCACCACAGCCCAGUAACAACAGAUCGGCAGGAAAUAUGACUUCAUUCAUUGGUUUCUCACCAGAAAAUGAUCAUACACCUAUAUCAUCACCUCCAAAUAUAUUAGGACAUUAUUCAUCAAAUCGUACGAGAGCUUUCUCGAAUUCGCGAUCUUCGUCUGCAAUUGUUGCGACUCCAUCAAAUGAACCUACAUAUCCUCGUUUACAAUCUCAAUCACAACCACCGCCUUUCUUUUAUCAUCGGACGUUUGCUCCUUCAAGAAGGAACUUUAAUCACUCAGUCCCUCAACCUGUCGAGCCACGAAGGCCUACUUCUACAUCUAAUCACAAUGGUGAAGAACAACAAGGUUAUAGUAUUAAUUUUGCUCCUGCUAGUCCAGAUAUAACAUUUAUGUAUCCUGAAGUAAUUCAACAAUCAGAGAGGAGGCCUCAUCACCAUUCAAAUAAUAUUUCGGGUUUAUCACAGGCUUCAAGGGCAUCACCAACGUCAUCUUCAACAACCUCUAGAUGGACAUCUCGAGAUCCAAGAGGACGUGCAGAGAUACUGACAAGACCAAUCAUGCCAAAUCCGAACUUUAACCGUCGUAAAGUUGCUAGGAUACUUGGAAGUGAUGAAGAACAGGACAACCUUACUGAAUUACCGGAAAGUUCAGACAGUGAAGUGAAUGUAACAACAUCUGCCCCUGCAGUUCGUGCUCAAUUUAGGCCUCCUAGGCGUCACGAGCCACGUCAAGAUAAUAAUACAAUCGAUCCUACUCGUUCUAGAACGCUGGCAGCAUUAGCUGCAGCUACAGCAGUAAGAGCUAAUUCUACAAAUGACGGUUCAUUGUCUGCUGACGAACAAAUAGCGAGAAGAAUGCAAGCUUAUGAGUACAGUAGUAUUCAAAACACUAUUGAUGAACAGAAUGUUUUAGCUAGAUUCCUUGGUGCUAGUAGAGCCCGUUCUACUACAAAUCGUCGAGAAACAACUUCGGGUUCAUCAUCAUCAUCACGGAACGAAUCUUCUAGAAGGAACAUAUCAACGCGUGGAACCGCAAGGUUACCAGAAAUUUUAUCCCAUGAGCGUCAUCACCAUGAAGAACGAGGUAACGAACCUCGAAGUCGAGGUCACUCACGAGGUAGUCAAUCUAGAAAUGGUGGAAGGUCAAGUAGUGCAAGCAAUUAUCUACACCAUCAUUUUAUCCCACAUUAUCCUUUAUUGGGGAAUCUUAUUGAUUCAGGUGAAAUAGAAUUGGAAGACUUUUUGGAUCUAUGGCCGGUUUGGGGCAAUGGUAUUGCAGCAAAUCCGGAUAAUUAUCUAGAUGAGGAUGAGUUUGACUCCAGCUACGAAGGUUUACUUCGAUUAUGUGAACGUAUCGGUGAUGCAAAACCUAAGGGCGUUUCCGAAGAUGUCAUAAAAACCCUACCAGCAAAAACAUUUAUAGCGGGCAAGAGCAAAACUGCUGAAGAAAGGUGCACGAUAUGUUUAACAGGUUAUGAAAGCAAUGAUAUGCUCCGAGAUUUGCCUUGUUCGCACGAUUUUCAUCAAGAUUGUAUCGACUCCUGGUUCAAAAAUUCCGACAAAUGUCCAAUUUGUCGACGUAGCAUAGUGGAAAAAUGA